AUGUCGUUGAGCUCAAAUCAAAGCAUGGUCAGCAUGUACCUCCAAUCGUUGCAUCAUGCCCCAGGAAACCCUCAAUUAGGACACAAUCAAGAUGAUCAUUCAAACAGCUCUUCAAAAUCUUCUGAAUAUCCCGAAUCCCCUCUUCCUCACGAUGUUAUUUCUCAAUUUCCAACCUCGGCUCCAGCUCAAUUGCCAACCCCAGCUCCAACUGAGGUGUUUCCAUUUGAAUGUCAUAUCUCAUACGCGCUAUACUUGGAGCAGCGAAACCAAAAGAAGGAGAUGACCUGGAAACCAGCCAAAUCAAACAAUCCUAAGCUCUCAUUUACGAUCAAUCCGAAUGAACUUGCCUUUGAGGAGUUCAAAAAGGAUGUUGCGUCAGCGUGUAAUGCCGCUCUUUCCGGUGUCGAUAAGACAAUUGCAAAAGCUGGCAAGAAAGGCAUUCCAGCAAUUGAAUGGAAAGCGUUUAUCCCGAAUCAUCGAGUUCAUCCAAAGUCUCAUCCAAUCAAUCUUGCAAAUCCAGCCGAUUAUCGCCGUUGGAUCGAGCUGAUAUCAGCAAGACCCACUCCACGAAGGGCGGGGGUGUUCCUGAGUCAAGAAAACCCAAACAAGAAGAAAGUCAAGGCCCACCACGAGAGCCUGGUUGCGAAGACGAACCAUCGACUCAAUGUAAAAGAAGGCUCGAGUAACCAGGCAGGCGUUGAUAACAACAACGAUGAAGACAUGGAUGAUGAUUCAGAGAACGAGGGUUCGGUGAUCCAAGAUCAAGAGCUCUACAUGUCCCAAAUUUACGGAAAAUACGGCAUGAAUAAAGAUUACGACCGCUUCAAUCCUGCCUAUCCGCAUCCGACCGAUGAUUCAAAGUACCUCCCUUUGACAGAUGGUAAUGUGCGCAAGUGGGCAGAUGCGUUGCUUGCAAGAAUGGCUGGGGUCUCGCUUUUAUCCCCUCCUUCCGAUCUUGUAUUCCGUACUGUCACAAAGAAGCCUGUGGCUCCGGCGCCACCUGCAGGAUCUCAAACACACGAUCUGUCGGUCAUUUCAACUGCGGUGACGGUGCUGCUUGAAAAAGCAGUUGAAGAACACAGGCCACCUCAAUCAGCUGACACCUCCGAGUCUAAUCCUCGCUGCCUCUCGCCUGACAUACUUCGAACUCAUACGAUUGGUGACUAUCUUGCCUUCAUCGGGUGUGACUCUACUGAGGUUGAAGAUCUCACCAACAUACUAAAACCAAAUGGUUUCAACUCUUACAAGAAUUUUGGCUCGUCUCACUUAGACAAUGACUCUCUCCAAAAGUUGGGCCUUAGCUUGGGCAUUGUUAUUCGACUCCUAGAUAAUGUUGCAAACUUUUCUAGACACCUCAAGGGGAUCUGA